CCGUGCACAUAUUGUGUCCCAGAACCGAUUCCUCCUCCUGGUUUUUUUCCCGUUCCGUUGCUUUUGGCACUCUGCGACCCAGCCGCUGCGAGGAUGUCGGGCCGGUCGAUGUGCGAAAAGUGCAGCAAGUGCACCCUCGGCUCCAAUGAAUAAAUAAUGUCUUGGGAGAGCCUCAACUCGCACGACUUCAUCAGGUACGGGGGCGUGAGCCACCAGCUCAGCGCCACCAGACUUCUGUCGUCCCCCGACGGCUCGCGGCACCCCCUAGACGGGCUAGAGCAGGUAUGGCCGUGGAACGCGUCGUACUCGAGUCUGCACAGGGACACCUACACGGAGGUGCGCACCCCGAGGCCGCCGCUGUUCACCUGGGGAUGCUUCAGGGCGUGCAGGGCGCGGAUCUACCACAGCAUCGCCAAGAGGAAGGUCGACCAGGGGGUUAAACUGUACAACCAGCACAAGCAGCAGCAAGCCGUUCGGAAAUGGAAGUCAGCCCUCAAGGCGAUUCGCAAGCGGGAGGACAAGUUCGUGCUCCUGGGGUACCUCUGCCAGGCUUACAUGGACUGGGGGAAGUACAGGGACGCCCUGGAGUACGCCCACAGGCAGUUGUUCAUCAGCGAGGAGCUCGACAACCCCAACAUGCGGGCGGAGUCCUACCUGAGUCUGGCGAGGGCGCACCAGCGUCUAGGAGGGCUGGAGAGAGCUCUUGCGUACGCCCGCCACUCCCUCUACAACGAAUGCGAGCAGUGCACCACCGCCGGCCACGUGCACCUCACCGUGGGGUCGGUCUACCUGGAGCUGGCCGGCUUCAACAAGGCUCUGGAUAGUUUUCAGCACGCUCAUCGCAUAGCGCAGGCUAUUCACGACCCGGCGCUGGAGCUCCAGGUGUACGUGGGGCUGUCGGAGCUGUUCAGCCGGCUGCAGGACGCCGAUAAGAGUGCGAAGUACGCCUCCAAGGCCUACGAUUUGUCGAGGUCGCUGCAGCUGGGGGACCUGAAUUCGCGCCACCACCGGGCCGCCCUGCUGCAGAUGGCGUCCGCGCUGCGCAAGCAGGGCGAGCUGGGGGACGCGCACGACUACUGUUCGGAGGCCACCCGGCUGGCGCUCGUGUCGGGGGACCAGGCCACGUACGCGCGCAGCAUCCGCAUCAUGGGCGACAUCUACAGGAAGAAGACCGACAUUAACAAAGCCUUCCGGCAGUACGAGACCGCCAUGGGGUCGGCCGCCGCCAUGGGGGACCGCGUCAUCCAGAUGGAGUCGAUGGAUGGGGCGGCGAGGUGUCUGGAGGCGCUGCGGCUCCAGCACAAAAUCUGCAACUGCCGACCAUUAGAGUUCAACACAAGACUGUUAGAAGUAGCUAGUUCCGUCGGUGCUAAACUGCUGGUGAGGACGGUGCGCAUGCGGCUUUCGCGCAUCUACCACGCUCUAGGUGACGAGGACCAGAAGCUCCACCACGAGAGGGUGGCGUUCCGACUCCAGCAGGACCUGGAUUUGAUGUGCGGGGGCUGCGGCUCGCCGUACGGGCUCGAGAGCGACUCCCUGGAGGCUUUGCCGUGCGCUCAUAUCUUACACGCGAGAUGUGCCUACGACUUGUUCCGGCGGAGCAAAAAGAAGAAGAGGUCGUGCCCCGAAUGCGAUAGGACUAGUUCUAGGUUAUACUUGAAUUGUACAGAUUACAACCCGUCGUACAGUCCGGUUCCGUUGUCUGUCUGUUCUUCCGACAGCCACUGUACCUCGCACCAAGCCACGAGUUCGGUUUAGUCGUUCACAGGCCAACAUUUGUGGACGCCCCGUCCGAUGGGGCGUCCUUCAGCUGAAUCUCUCUCGGUUUCGGUUUCUCUUCGACCACCGUACAAUCAAUCAAUCAUUCAACGAACAAUCAUCACUGGAGCAUUUCUUUAGCGUUUAGGCCAGAUUCUGUAGAGUAGUAAAUGUAGGUGUUAAAAUUCUAUUGGAAAUGACGCACUCUCCUUCCAUGCACUACUUUGAACUAAAUAUUUUCCGAGUUGUAGGUCGCUAGUUUCUUUCUUUCUAGUCCGGAAUCAUGAUAUCACGUGUCGAGCGGACGAUUUUGUGUAAAUAUGGAGGUUUUUAUUGUAAAUAUUGAAAGACUUAUUGUACAUAAGAUUUAAUCAAAUUAAAAGGAUUA